AUGGAACUCAAUCUAAACCGUGUUGAUUAUCUGCAGGUUGGGGUAACGUCUCAGAAAACAAUGAGGCUUCUUCCUGCAAUAGGACGGAAAGCCACUCAAAAGGUUGCUGUGGCUGAUCAGGAUGGAGUUGUCACCUGCUUUGGAAUGAAAAAGGGGGAGGCAGUUCCCGUCUUUAAGACUCUGCCUGGACAGAAGAUCUCCAGACUGGAUCUGGGAGGGGCACUGGGAACUCCCCAGGAGAAGAUUUUCAUUGCGGCUGGUUCUGAGGUCAAGGGAUACACCAAAAAAGGCAAACAGUUCCUGUCGUUUGAAGCCAAUCUGGCCGAGAGCAUCAAAGCCAUGUAUGUUUCAGGAGCAGACCUUUUUGUGUGUGCGAGUUACAUCUACAACCACUAUUGUGACUGCAAGGAUCAAGAUUACUACCUUUCAGGGGACAAAAUCAAUGACAUCGUCUGCCUGCCUGCGGAGAGCUCCGGGCGUGUUGUACCUGUACUGGCGUGUCAGGAUCGCGUUCUCAGAGUGCUGCAGGGGUCUGAGCUCAUGUAUGAAGUUGAAGUUUCUGGUCCUCCAUCUGUUUUAGAGUUAAACAACAGAGAUGGAGGUGGUGCGGGAGGAGAGGUUCUCUAUGGCACAGCGGAUGGGAAACUGGGGCUCUUUAAGAUCGCAGAAUCUUCUCCAGUUCAGAAAUGGGAGCUUGACAAUGAGAAGAAAAAAGGAGGCAUCCUGUGCAUUGAUACCUUUGACAUUCUGGGCGACGGGGUGAGAGAGAUCCUUGUUGGCAGGGAUGAUGGGACUGUGGAGGUGUACGGGCUGGACAGCUCCGGCGAGCCUACCCUGCGCUUUGAGCACGUACUGUCAGAGAGCGUUACAUCCAUCCAGGGAGGCUGCGUCGGAAAGGAGAAUUACGAUGAGGUUCUAACAGCAACUUACACAGGCUGGGUGACUGGACUCACCACUGAACCUCAGCAGGAAGAGGCGGGGCCAGGAGAGGAAAUGAAGAUGAGUCAGGAGACUCAGAACAAAGUUGCUGCUCUCAGGGCGGAGCUGGAGCAGCUGCAGCUGAAGGUCCUUCAGGAGAGGGAGAAGUACCAGCAGACCUCUCAGUCCAGCACAGCUGUCUCCGCUGUGCCCGUCUUCAGCGUCAACGACAAGCUGACCCUCUGUCAGGACGAUGCCAGCUACAGCCUCACCCUGGAGGUGCAGACCGCCAUCGACAACCUGCUCCUCCAGAGUGAUGUCCCAAUCGACUUGCUGGACGUGGAUAAAAAUUCAGCUGUUGUGAGCUUCAGCGAGUGUGAUUCAGAGCAACCAAAUGGCAAUUUCCUUCUUGCUACCUAUAGAUGUCAAGCAAAUACUACAAGACUGGAGCUUAAGGUGCGAUCCAUAGAGGGUCAGUAUGGAACACUGCAGGCCUACAUCACACCCCGCCUGCAGCCCAAAACCUGCCAGGUUCGACAGUAUCAGAUUAAGCCUUUGUCUCUCCACCAAAGGGUUCACUCGAUCGACCAAGACAGGCCUAUGAACACUUUGAGUUUGGUUGGCCAGUUCAGCUUGGCAGAGAUCCAUUCAUGGGUCGUGUUCUGUCUGCCAGAGGUUCCUGAGAAGACUCCCGCUGGGGAGACUGUCACUUUUUACUUUCAGAACACUUUUCUUGGCACACAGCUCGAAACCAACUACAGCAAAGGGGAAGGCCACUUCAAAUCCGACAACAUCUCUACAAUUUCCAUUCUGAAGGAUGUUCUUUCCAAAGAGGCAACCAAAAGAAAAAUCAACCUCAACAUCUCCUACGAUAUCAAUGAAGAAUCUGUCAGCCACACUCUGAAAAUGAUUCAUCCCAAACUGGAGUACCAGCUGCUUCUUGCUAAAAAGGUUCAGCUGAUCGACGCUUUAAAAGAAUUGCAGGUUCACGAAGGAAACACCGACUUCCUGAUUCCCGAAUACCGCAGUAUUCUUGAAGAGUCCGCCCAACUUCUUGAGGAGUACAAGAAACAGCCCGCACAUCUGGAACGGCUGUAUGGCAUGAUUACAGAUCUCUUCAUCGACAAAUUCAAGUUCAAGGGACAGAAUGUGAAAACCAAAGUUUCACAGCUACUAGAAAUUUUGGACAACUAUGAUCUGAAUUCUUUAAUGAAUUUUUUUAAUGAGGGGUAG